AUGAUGAUAUCGAGUUUAGACUCCUCGCAUAGUAGAGAAAACCAGCCUAGGAAACUACCCGAUAUCAACACAUCUCCAAAUAAUAUUGGAGGAGUACUCGCUGAAUACCCCAGCGACGAUCCAAAAUCCGUCUUGGUUGUUGUCCUCACCAUAUAUCAAACAUGGUACAUCAGAACGCGAGAACAAUCCCAAGAUGAUAACCUAGAUGUCAAAUCCGAUAACGAAACAAAUACCCCCGAAGAUGUCUUCAUACCAUUCACCGAGGAUAGCCAUACGUGCCGUAGCCCGUAG